UAUAUCAUGUUUGCUUAACAAAUUUGUAUUUAAUUACAUUAUCAUUGGAACAGUUGGAUAUAUCGAACAUUAUACAAACAUGGAGUUCUUGAUAUUUUUUCUGUUUGCAUCCAUAACAUCCAAUGUUUGUGUAGUGGGGGAAGACCUUGCUGUAUUAGUCACGGCUUCUGAGACUGAGCAAUACAAAAACGUGUGCCAUGGAUCAUGUCAAUGCGUCAACAGGAGCUUUAGACUCGUUGUUGAUUGUUCACAUGGUCAGCUUCAGGCAAUACCCACAGAUCUACCAGAAAACACGACAGAACUGCAGUUUUCGUAUAACAAGCUCAGUGCCUUGAAGAGAGCAAUGUUUUAUAAGCUUACGAAGCUUGAAAUACUGAACCUAAGUUUUAACGAAAUUAACGACAUUGAACCGGAUACAUUUUCUGACCUAGGAAAAUCUCUGACUUCUCUCUACCUAACAUGUAACAGAGUUCCAUACAAGGAAAGGUUUAAGAGAGCGUUAACACCGAUGUUACGUUUACAAUCCUUGUACAUACAGCAAUGCUUGGAAGACAUUAAAGACGGUGAAACAUUUCCAGCGCAUGAAUUGAAGCAAAUGCCACAUCUCACUAAUCUUUCAGUGGAUUUAAUAAAUAAAGAAGGAAUAAGAUACGGAAUUAAACCGGAAUUCCUCAGUACGACAUUCUUCGUCCAAGAUAUGUGGCAGAAUCGUCUUACUAUGGCGAAUAAUACGGACUUGUUAUGUCCCAAUUGUAAUACGAAUACAAGUCAUGUCGUCGUACCGUUACCGCAGCAGAUUGAAGUAUUUGACAUAAGUCAACUGGACAUGGAUAUCGAGGUUUUCAAUUUGUGUAUGUGUGAGCCUAACAGUCAUAAAGAGUUUUACAUGCGGCAAAACAAAUUCAGAAAAAUUGAUGGUCCGCUGAUGGGUAUGAAACAUGUGCAGCUACUCGAUUUGUCGGAUAACUUUUGCGUAAAUUUAUCUUCUGGUGUGUUUCAUUUUCUUCCUUAUUUGAGACGGCUGUUAUUGUCGGGAAACUUGCUAAGUUAUUCAUUGGAACGUGACAAACCUGGUCUAACAUUUCAGAGCUUGAGUCUGCUUAAUGAACUUGACCUUUCAUUCAACAGAUUGCGAUACCUUCCUUCUGAUAUAUUCAAGGGUUUGACAGGUUUGGAAAUCUUGAAGCUGAACAAUAACAAACUGAAAACAUUCGCAGUUAAUAUGCAGAUGACGACACGCCUAAAUAUUUUACUCCUAAAUCACAACAAUUUGAGAUAUAUUCCGCAACUUCAAAUGAAACAGAUCGACAAAAUCAUGCACCAUAAAUCGCAGCGAAUAAACUUGGCGAAUAAUAAUUUCCAAUGCAAUUGUACAGACAUUGAGUUUGUUCGAUGGAUUCAGCAAAAAACUGUGAACCUUGUUGAUGAUGAGACCUACCGAUGUACAUACAUAGACGAAACAACUAAAAAUCUUACCGGGUAUAGCCUCGUGCACGAUCUAGAAAAGGAAUGUGCCAGCUACACCCUCCUGAUAGUUGUAGCAUCAAUUCUCAUGUCAGCGUUUCUGAGCAUUUUGACUGGCGGCAUCAUAUAUCGGUAUCGUUGGGACUUGCGAUAUUUGUAUUAUUCCACCAAGUUUCGUAUGAAGGGGUACAUUCCGGUCGACGUUGAUGAGGAUCGGUUUAGAUACGACGUAUUUGUUUCAUACAGUGAUCAAGAAAGACAUUUUGUCGUUGUUGAUCUAUUGCAUGAGUUAGAGGAAUCACGGUCUUUGAAAUUAUGCAUCCACGAGCGAGAUUUCUUUGUCGGUGGCAUGGUGACUGAAAAUAUCGUCUAUGCCAUAAACAACUCUAGAAAAACUCUGUUACUUCUUUCAAGAGGGUUCAUCGAGAGCCACUGGUGCAGAUACGAGUUGAACAUGGCCAGGAUGGAGGCGAUCAAGACUGGAAGAGAUGUCCUGUGUACCGUUAAGAUGGAAGAAAUUAUGCACGAUUAUCUACCGUUAGAAGUGAUUGAUGCCAUUAGGAGUCAUACCUACAUCCAACACCCGGGGGAGAGAGAACACAUGGACAUGUUUUGGGACAGGCUAUAUGCAGCAAUUUCUGGAUAAAUUGGUAAACCGCCCUUACUGAAAUCAAAAAUCAACUUUCACGCCACAUGUUAAUUCUUAUGAUAUACAGAAAAGAUACUAAGGCAUUUAUGCUUACUAAUGACAUUUUUGGAGGUAUUUACGUGAAUAAAACGUUGAAGCAAAGCAAUGAUAUGGACCCAAGUCAGCAGCGCCCCCUGGUGAUCGUGGUCGUAAAUUUGGAGUACUCAGAUUAUUAACAAUAUCCCACACGCCUACUGACAUCUCAUCUGCGAAAACAGAUGUUCCUGCUUCUGAAAAGUGUUUGUGCAAAGUGACAAUCGUUUUACUUUAAUUUUUUUAAAACCGUUGUAAGAAUUGUAUGCAUAA